CCUAAAGAAAACCAGUCUUUGCAUCAAGAGCCCCCACAAAUAUGCGAGGCACCGCUACAAAGCAGGAACUUACUCAUUAGGUGUAGCGCCCUUAUUAAACUGUUUACGUCCCAUAAAAUAACGAGUGAUACAAAAGAGAGAUAUGGAUCUCCUAUGACGUGUCUGACAUCUUGGGAUUGAUGAGGCAGGUUGUUAAGGGAGAUUCUAACUGUGUCACUCACCAUUCCUGGGGUGCCUCACUUCCCAUAGGAGCGGCUGGAAAAUGGGUAUAAAGAGGAGCUGUGGUUUGCAAGCUCAUCAUUCGAAUCCAUUGCGACGUUUCCUUCCUUCUGCCACAUUUGUCCAACGAGGUCUAACGUGACACACAGAAGCCGAAAGAUGAGCCAGCAAAGACAAAGCGGAGGUGGCUGUUGCUGCUGUGGCGGUUCAAGGGGUGGCUGCUGCUGCUGCUCUGGAGGUGGAGGUGGAGGCGGAGGUGGAGGCUGCUGUAGAGGAGGAUCUGGCGGCGGCGGACAGUCUGGCGGAGUCAUCAUUAUACCAAGCGGAGGUGGAUAUGGAGGAGGCCAGCAAAAGAUGCCAAUGGUUGUUGGCGGAGGAUCUGGAGGGGUUUGCUGCGGAGCUAGCAGCGGCGGCGCAGUGUGCUGUGGAUCAUCCGGCGGCAGUGGCCAAUCUUCUGGAUGUUGCGUUGGAGGUGGAAUGGGUGGUGGAAUGGGUGGUGGAUAUGGAGGUGGCCAGCAAAAGAUCCCCAUAGUAGUUGGUGGAGGAUCUGGAGGGGUUUGCUGUGGAGCUAGCGGCGGCAGUGGGGGUGCAGUAUGUUGCAGCUCCUCUGGGGGCGGCAGUGGCGGUGGUGGUGCAGUUUGUUGUAGCUCAUCCAGUGGUGGAAGCUCAGGUGGGGUUAAGGUGACUGGAGGAGGAUCCGGUGGAGGAGGUGGAGGAGGAUCAGGUGGGAAAACCAUCAUCAUAGGUGGAGGAAGUGGUGGGGGAUCUGGUGGUGGAGUAUGUUGCAGCUCCUCUGGGGGCGGCAGUGGUGGUGGUGCGGUUUGUUGUAGCUCAUCCGGUGGUGGAAGCUCAGGUGGGGUUAAGGUGAUUGGAGGAGGAUCUGGUGGAGGAGGUGGAGGAGGAUCAGGUGGGAAAACCAUUGUCGUAUCUGGCGGAAGCAGUGGUGGCGGUGGUGGAGGAGGAGCUGUCUGUUGCAGCAGCGGCAGUGGUGGAGCUGUCUGUUGCAGCAGCGGUGGAUCUGGUGGUGGAUCCUCACAGACCAAGUGCCCCAUUGUCGUCCCUCCAUGCAUCGGGCAAACGAAGCAGGUCUGCCCAUUUCCAAGCAUCAAGUAAAAUGCAGCAUUUGCCAAGCAACCCAAGAAAAGCUAAAUUUGCUAGCUCGCAUCAGCAUCCUGACAACGACAUGUUAAGCGAAGGACACUUCUGCAUGUUGCUUUCUAUGCCCUUUCAUUCUUCAAUGGCAUUUAAUGUUCAAUGUGUGGCUCAUUCUUCAAUGUAAUUUAUGUGUAUGUGUGUGUGUGUGGAUGGGAAUUUCCUCACCCGCCCGCCGCUGCUGAUUUCCUUGUUUCAAUCUCCCUUAAUGCAUGGGAGAGAAUAAAGCUUAUCUCAAAAUCAA